AUGUCGAUCUCAGAGGAGCUAGCAGCGUCGCUGGGAGUGGCUCCCUCCCUGAUCACCCUCCUGCUCUGCCUCUUCUCGUCCAUCCCCGCGGCUCUGGUCGUGCGCUUCCUCCCGGGUCCCACAUUGAAGCAUCACUACAGCAUUGCUGCCGGAGGGGCUCUCUGCUGGGUGGCGUAUGGCGGCCUUCACGGCAAGUCGAGCCUCAAUUUCUGGGGCCUAACCCUCGCGUCGUACGCGCUCAUGCUCGCCCUUCCUCGCAAGUGGAGCGGUUAUGGCGUGCUCUUCGGCUCCUUCACCUACCUCACCUACUGUCACAUAAGCAACCUGGGAGCGGACGUGUGGAGGCAGGGAGGCGUGGACUUCACGGGCACGCUCAUGGUGUUCACGCUUAAGAUCUCUGGGUGCGCCAUGGACUACCAGGACGGCGCGCUGCCGGAGGACAAGGCGCAGCACCGCAUGUACAGCAACAGGCUGGCGCGGCUGCCGUCGGUGGUGGAGUUUUUGUCGUUCGUGUUCUUCCCAGGCGCCGCCCUCGUGGGACCCGUGUUCAACCUGAAGCAGUACCAGGCGUAUGCUGCCGGGCAAGGGCUAUGGUCGCCAUCUGGAGCCGUGGUGCCAAGCAAGGCAGCUGAUACCAGCAAGGGGGAGGAGGGGAAGCUGACGCAGAACGGGAACGGGGAGGCGGACAGGGCGCAGGGCGAGAGCAAGGGCGAGGGGAAGGGCGAGGGGAAGGGCGAGGGGAAGGGCGAGGGGAAGCUGCGAAAGAUGCCGGAGCCGCUGCCGUAUGCAGCACAGGCGCUGGGGAAGGCGAUCAUCUGCCUGGCGAUGCACCACUUCCUCUCUCAGCACUUCGGCCCCGCCCUGCUCUUCCAGCCCCGCUUCCUCACCUACAAUUUUGCAUACAACGCAGGCGGGGUGAAGAAGUGGAGUUCCCGAUUCCCGUCUGUUCCUGAUUCCCUGCCGCCCCUCCUCUUCCUUCUCCCACAUCCCUUCGUACAAAAUCCCCACCUCCUUUCCCUCACAUCACAGGUGGGGCCACCUGGUAAGGGCGAGUAUCUGCUUCCGAUGCUCAGGUGGUUCUGCCUGGUGGUGGCGGGCAUCUGCUUCCGCUGCUCCUACUACUUCAUCUGGAGUGUGGCAGAGGCUGCUGUGAUCCUCUCUGGAUUCGGCUUCUCCGGCUGGACCGACUCCUCACGUCCAGACUGGAGCCGGGCAGAGAAUGCAAAUUUCAUCAAGUGUGAGAUCACCACGAGUCUGGCGCAGAUGCCUGCCUACUGGAACAUGGGCGUCGGCACGUGGCUCCGCACCUACGUGUACGACCGGGUGACACCUCGCUCGGGCAAGCCCACCAUGUGGACGCUCGUUUUCACUCAAGUCGUCUCCGCGCUCUGGCAUGUGAGUCGUCUCCGCGCUCUGGCAAGUGAGUCGUCUCUGCGCUCUGGCAUCACUACCAUCGGCUGGUUUAGUCCUACCGCACUCCACCCCUUGUACCCAUACACCUUUCGCCCCCCUCCGUCUCCUUGCAGGGGUCUUCACCCCGGCUACUACCUCUUCUUUGUCAACGCCGCCAUCGGCCAACACGCCUCCAAGCAGGUGUUCCGGCACACGGCAGCAGCGUUCCCGAAGCAGUCAGCAGCAGUGAAGGUCACCAUUGACGUGGUGCAGGCCGUGUUCAAGCAGCUCAUCAUCAACUACUCCAAUGCUGGCUUCCUGGUGCUGCAAUGGGGGCAGACCAUAGCGGUGUGGCGGUCGCUCUUCUUUAUGGGCACCGUCGUCCCCAUUCUUCUCAACGUGCUGCUGUCCAUCAUUCCCACUCGCUCCCGACGCCACAAGAAGGUCGAAUAA